UCCCUCAGUGUCAGUAAGGCUUCAGAUGUGAAACUUGGAACCAUGAGGAUUCUGAAGCUCUUGUUUUGCUGCUGGAUCUCGCUUCUUAUAGGAUUCAUCAAAGGUGAAAAAUGCUCAGCAUCUGAUAAUGAAAACAUACUUCAACCAGGCUACGAGUACACGUAUAAAUUUCAAUCUCAGGCGUUUGCCGAAGCUGUGGGAACAACAGAUGAGAGGAAUAAAAUUGAAAUACUUUGCGAAGUCAUUAUAUCGCAUUCGCAUGAUUGCUUUUAUAAUCUGAAACUCGAGGAUUGUAAGCUGAAUGCAUUAGGAGGUGCUCCAGGCCAUGAAAAAGCUUUUAAAGAUAAUCAACCUCUUAAUGAUUUGUCCAAAUAUUCUGUACUGUUCUCGUUAAGUAAAGGAGAAAUUGAUGAAGUUUAUACACAUGAAGAUGAUCCAGUAUAUCUUGUCAACAUUAAAAGAGGAGCACUUUCAGCAUUUGUUUUUAAAUUAUCUUAUGUCAAACAUGCAAAACAUGAGAUGCAUACUGAUGUACAUGGUACUUGCCCUAUUAUUGCGGUACCAUCUCAUGGUAGCAGAGGAUCUGUCAGGACAUCAAAAGAUAUGCUGCAGUGUUUCUUCCCGAGUAGAACAGACUACGAAUUUAGCCCAUUCUCAAUGUUCUGGAAUAUGAGCUUCAUUCAGUACCUUAUAAAUUCCACGACUGAUUGCGAUUAUGAAAUUCAUGAAAAUGAGAAAAGAAUCGAUAAAGUAUUUUGCAAAGAAAGACAUGCUAUUAUGUUGGAGUCAUCUUCCAGAACAGCUGUCGCUGUGCAAACGAAUAUAUACUACAGACUGGAUUACGUGGAAUCUCACCAGCAGCAAAAUAAAGCAGCAUAUCCGUUACCAUCACGGAAAACUGAUAUUCGUUACGAAUACAACCGUACACGAGAUCCAGUUUCGAGAGCAGACAAUUUCUUGCAAAGAGCCAAGAAGAUGUUUUCCGAUCUUGUGUUAGAUUCUGUAGAUGAAAUAAGACUCUUUACAAUUCCUCAGUUCACAGAUUUUAUUGCUUGGAUCAGAUCUUCUGACGAUUUAAUUCCUCUAGUCAAUAUCGUCAAAUCAUGCUCAUUCUUGCCUGAAGGUGUAGAGUGUACUAAUAACAUAAAAGAAUUAGCUAUGUCUUACUUAAGGGAUUCUUUAGUACAAUGCAAUAGUUUACCCUGCAUAAAAGCCAUAUCCCGACUAGCAGAAAAUGGCGAUUUGUCUCCUGCUUACAUGAAUUUUAUCUUCUAUUCUUGGAGUAAUAUGCAUUACGCAAAACCAGCCAUUGUCAAAUACAUUACAGAUAUUUGCAGCGCAACAGAUUCACCGCUAUGCUGGAUUUCAUUAGGAAAUAUUGCUCGCCGCAUGCAUGAAAAAAAUCCUAAAUUGGUAGAAAAUGAAAUUCAGUAUUUCAAGGAAGUCGCCGUACAUUUUCGAUCUAAUGUCGAAAUGUUUUGCAAAGAUACCAGUUCAGAUGCUUCAAAACCCACAAGCAAGGAAUAUGGAACUUGCAUGACAUACUUAAAGGCUAUAGCUAAUAUGGGAAGCUUGUACACCAUACUCUUGCCAAAUGGAGAUAAGCAAUUGAUAGACUACGGCCGAAAUGUUGACAUGCCUUUAAACAUUAGAAUUGCGGCAUUAGAG